AACGUUGUCAUGCAUCACGAGAUUGUCGCGCUUGAAGCUCAACAUCAGCCCCUUCCAAUUGCCGGUUUCGACUUCCCGCCCACCGUCACCUACAGCCUCACCACGUAUGACUCUACCCGCACUCGUGAAGAGCUUCUCGCCCGCAUCCGCAAUGCUACCAUUAUAAUCGUCACCAUUGUAAAGAUUGAUGCCGAAGCACUUGACCCGUCUGUCACACCCAACCUGCGCUACAUUGCCGUAUCUGCAACGGGAACAGACCUCAUCGAUCUUGAUGCCUGCCGGGCACGAGGCAUACGAGUGACGAAUUGUCCAGGCGCUAAUCUCGACGCCGUUUCGGAACAUGCUCUUAGUCUGUACUUUGCUGCCAGGCGGCGCACCGUGUUGCUGGACCGCAUAACGCGUACACAGCCGAGUGAGUGGAAGAGCAAAGGCAGCGUCAAUCACUAUAUGCGUCUACCGGAUGGUACGCCCCCCAUCACUUGCAAAGACGAAGUCAUGGGUGUUAUCGGAUAUGGGGGUCUGGGCAAGAGGAUAGCGGCUCUAGGUCAAGCUAUGGGCAUGCGUGUCCUGAUCGCGAGUCGCAAGACGCCCGCUGCCCCUUUGCAGAGCGACGGCCUCCCAGCACCGAACAUGGCUGAUGAUCGCAUUCCUUUCGAUGACGUUCUCCGUCAGUCGACCGUUGUGGUGCUAUCAUUACCCCGGAACUCCGAAACGCUAAAUCUCAUUUCUACUGCUGAGCUCGCUAAGAUGCACCCUUAUGCUGUCUUGAUCAACAUAUCAAGAGGCGGCAUAGUGCACGAGGCCGCCGUAGUGCAGGCGCUCAAAGAAAAGCGGAUAGCCGGCUAUGCCACCGACGUAUAUCAGGUCGAGCCUGUUGGCGGACCAGAGGAUACGCCACUACUGGAAGAAGAUACCAGGGACUUGAACAUUACCAUGAGCCCGCAUCUAGCUUGGUUCUCCCAGAGGGCGGUCAAGAAUCUCGGACAUAUGUUGAAAGAAACGGUGGAAGCAUGGGCGAUAGGUAAUCCAGUCAACGUUAUCGUAUGAACGAGGGCGAAGUGCUUAAACGACAGUAAGCUACGGCCCCUGCGUCUGGAUUGAAUUCGCAUUACACCUCACCACGUGUGAAUAUGAGGCAUUUGAUCAAACUAUGGUUCGUUCGUAGACACCAAGGUCCUCACAGCCAAUUUCCUUCUUCUAGCCAUCAUAAUUUGCAAUAUCGCUCGACAGCCUCAUCACGAACACGUUGAGCAGAUUAGCAGACUACCCGUCUUUCUGGUGUAUUGCGGUAAGCUACUGUAGGUAUCAAAUCACGAAAAAGCUCAACGUCUUUUUUCCCACUUUCGAAUUCUCGGA